CCUUCGGCGCCGGCACGCUUCUUCCAUCGGGCGUGAAUCUCCCGAACUCUCAAUCACAUGGCGAGUGUCGCAUAGCGUCCAUCACCUGCAUAUUCAUCACAAUCAACAUCGCCGGACAUGAGCGGAUCGGUAGUCUACGUCGUCAUUCCUCCGUCGCCGCUCUUCGCUGCCCACUGGUCGUUCUUUGUCCCAGAUCCUUCUCCGCCAUCGGACUCUGAACGCCGUGGGGUGAGAGAGUCUCGCAUCGGGCGCAGGAUCCAUGUCUCAGGCGACCGCCUCAAUGGCUUUAAGCUAGAGAUAAUCCGCUCAUACGAUGUGGGCAAGCACCGCAGCGUCGGUGCCGACCGGCAAUUUCGCAUCGGUGUAUUAUCACUGCCCAGUGCCCAGGACUCUACCAUGGAAUCUGGAUCUUGGGGCACUGACACCUCAAUCAGUAAUACUGGCGAGACCAAAGACGAGGAGGAUGGUGGCGGCUUCGUUGAUAACUCUCCGCGAGAUGCAUUUGAGCAAAUUUGCACCGACAUUGACGCUCCUGGGCCAAGUCUCAACAAAGUCAGCGUCUCAUCCGGUAACGCCAUGACUCAUGCAGGAAAGCGCAUAAAGCCUGAAGUGAGAGAUUGCCAAUGGUGGAUUCGCCAAGUUAUGCGAGCCAUGAUCGAUCGUGGAAUGCUCGUCAAAGCAGAAGGCGACGAGAGGAGCCCUACCGAUUGGCUGACUUUGCUCCCCAUGCACUGAAUCACUGCCAGGCAAUUUUACGCUCUUACGUCCCUUGCAAAAAAGCUUCUGGUUAUAGGGGAGGCUUUUCCAUUUGCAUGAAAGAAGCUCUGGAGCUCUGUACAGCGCUCGUUAAGAAAUAUGGGCAGCUUUCGUUUUGCGCCAUCUCCGCAAUAGCAGUCUACUUGAUGUACAUGCUCACAAGCUAUGUCAUACUUCACUCGUUAUAUUUCGACUAGUGCAAGAUCAAUAAAUUUCCUUUCAACUGGAGCAUGGCGAUAAAAAAGACUGGAAUUCACGUUUCUACAAUCAAAGUACGCGGUCGAGUCUAUAGCGGUGAUCUGCUCCACAUAACUCAUUACAGGCAAGCCGUCCCAG